AUGUACAACUCAAAGAGAAUUUUCCAUUUCAAUAAUCCGAAUGAUGUAGUGGAUAUGAUGAAAAUGCUAGAGGAUGAAUCAGAUGAUGAAAAUAUUUUUGAAGAUUCAGAUGAAAGCAACUAUAGCGUGACUGAAGAUAACAUGGGAGCACGCAUUAAGAGUUCUGAAUCAGAACAAAACGAUGAAGAAUUCAGCGAUGACGACAGCACAGAUAACGCUUCAUAUUUUCUCGGAAAAGACAAGUCAAGUAAAUGGUAUCGAGAUAUUCCCUACAAGAAAAAUCGCACCACGCCUCAUAAUUUGUUGAAGCAGUUACCAGGUGUUAUGGGCCCCGCAAAGUUAUCAAAAUCUCCAGUUGACUGUUGGAAAUACCUAUUCACUGGAGAUAUUCUGGAUAUCAUUGUAAAAUAUACUAACCAAUAUAUAAAUAUUAUCAAAAAUAAAUAUGGAUGCGAACGAGACGCCAAACUUACUGAUGACAUUGAAAUAAAAGCGUUCAUAGAUAUAUUAUAUUUGGCUUGA